GACAGGUCGUUAGUAUUAUCGAAAAUUAGAAGACUAGAGUAGCCCGAGUAGCCCUGUCCAAACGUCCGUCAGAUUUGGACUGAAAACUGAAAAGCACCAUCAGAUCUGCAAUUUUCGUCUCAGCCCUGCCCUUUACUAGCUCAUCUGUAUCGUUCUUGGAGGGGAUUCUUCACUCCUUUCUCUUUUGCUAUUUGCAGCGAUUUAUAUUGGACUGCGAUUGUUUUUCUGGCUUGGUAUAAAAAUCAUAUUAGAAUUAUUUCCAGUUCGCCGAAAGAAUUUCUUUUAUGUAUUGGUUUUGGUCACUGAGCUCUAAGAUCCGUAGAAAGAUCAAUUCAUGCAGUGGAUGGCGUCGUUUCCUCCUUUGUUUCUCCCUGCUGCUUAUCAUUUUUCAUCUCUUCUCUGUUCUCGAAUUACGUAACAACUCAGCUAUACAAGGUUCCCAGAAGAAACGAAAUAACAAGUCUGAUCAUCUGGUUCUUGGUCCGGCUGCUGGCCAAGGCUUGCCUAAUCGAUUGCAAUGCCAAGGUUCCAGAGCUCUCAACAAGACCCAUUUGCUAAAUCCUUCCAGUGCUUCCAAUGUCGGAGAAAGCGUUGCCUUUGUUACUGUCUUUACCAUUUACAAUACGUCAUUGGAUUCUCAUGCUGACAGUAGAUCAUCAAAUUUGGUUACUGUUGGGAAUGUUUCCUACAGUAAGACACAGAGGUCAAUGGCCAUUUUGAAUAUCUUUAUCAAUUUUAUUCAGGUGACGAUGCCUCGAAGCAGUGUUAUCAUUCUAACUGAUCCAGAAUCUGAUCUCUCACUGCAGAGAGAUAAAGUCUCUUUGUAUCCCAUCGAGGGUGAAUAUUCUCGAGACAAGUUGAUGCUUCAAAGAAUCAGAUCUUACAUUACUUUUCUAAACACAAGGCUCAACGGACUUGCACAGCAUCCGCAGCAUAAAAAUCAUUACAUUUUCACCGACUCAGAUAUAGCAGUGGUUGAUGACUUAAAACACAUUUUUCACAAAUUCCCUAAUUUUCAUCUGGCCCUCACCUUCCGGAACAACAAGGAUCAACCUUUAAAUUCUGGAUUUAUAGCAGUAAGAGGGACCCCUGAGUCGAUUUUAAGGGCAAAGAUCUUUCUUGAAGAAGUACUAGAAGUAUACACUUCAAAAUAUAUGAAUGCUUCUCGAAUGCUUGGGGAUCAGUUAGCUCUUGCUUGGAUUAUAAAAUCACACCCUAGUUUUGAUUUACGGAGAUUUAGGAAAGCACAGGCUUUUGUAGAAGAAGUUGGUGGUGCAUCAGUGCUAUUUCUGCCAUGUGCUACCUAUAAUUGGACACCACCUGAGGGUGCUGGGCAAUUUCGAGGAAUGCCCUUAGAUGUUAAGGUUGUGCAUUUUAAGGGAUCAAGAAAACGCUUAAUGCUAGAGUCUUGGAACUUCUUCAGUUCUACUUCUGACAUUUCUGAUAUGUUGUGCCUUAUUUUAACGAGUGGGAGAACUAAAUAUGAUUUUUGAGUUAUAAUAUAGGUUUGGCUUGCCUCUAGACCAUAAGUGAGUUUUGUAAACUGCCGAUUUUCUUGAAAAGAACAGCAAGGAAAAUUUUGGUUUUGUGCAUCA